AGGAACAUUGUCCGGCGGAGAAUCGAAGAAGAAGAAGAAGAACACAAACACUCAGAUACUUUUUUCUUAUUUUGUCCGUACCGUAAUCGGAAAAUGGACAUUUCUGUUCGAAUCUCCGGCUUAAAAUCUUCCAAUCUCAUCCGAAUAAUCCCUAGAUUCUCAUCUUCUUCUUCUUCUUCUAGAUUCCGUUGUUCCAAAAACGAACCUCCCCGAAACGGAAACGAGUCCAACGGUGGUGGUGAUAAAUCGUCGACGGAUUGGGACAAGGCGUGGAAGAAUUUCAAGAAGCAGAGCAAGAAGUCAUUGUUCUCGCAAUUCAACGUCGACAAGUACGUGACUUGGAAUCCUCCGAGAUCGGAGUUUGACUUGUCGGAAGAAGUCGAUCCCAUAAAAAGAACAGAGAGAUCCAAUCUAAUGCUCUGGACAAGUCCAAGGUUCACACUUGUCGGAGCCAUCGUCAUUGUCUCAUUCCUCCUUCUCUACACCAUUCUUGCUCCUGUCAAGUAAUAAUCAUUUAUUUAGAUCAGAAUUCUGAAAGUGUUGUUUCUACAGUUUACAUGCGUUACAACUUUUUCCAAAUAAGAUCACAUUUUCUAGACUCAAGCAAACAACAAGCCAUUAUUAUGCUUCCUUUCAUAUA